CACUGCCAUAAUCACGCACGACUCGUCACGAAUAUGUCGACUGCUAUUAAAUGCAUUUUGACAGUUAACACGCAAGUCAACUGCGAUCAGUGAGAGAAAAAAAAUACGAGUGUGUCUCGCUGUCACGAUCGUUACUUUGAAGAAUGUCAUGCAUAAAACAUGAGUUGGUUUGAUGCUACGGGAUUUGCCAAUUUGGCAAAGUCUGCUCUAAAGGGAGCUCAGAAGACUAUAGAUAAGGCCUUAGAUAUCAAGGAGGAGGAACCAAAGGUUAUUCAAUCGCACGUAGAUGAAACUUCGAAUUUUUUUGCUACCUGGGGAUUGCAAAAUGAAGAGGAAACUAACAAAUGUGACAGCAAUCCACAAAAACAACAAAAUUCAAGCAGUAUUUGGGGUAGCUUUACAGGUUCGUUUUUUGAGCCUCCAAAAAUCAUAGAUAACAAUGUACGGAAGAUUGUCAAGCAUUCAAAGUCCUUGCAAAGUACUGCCAAUCAAGAUGAACAACAAUGCGAAAUGGUAUCUUCUACUUCUGUUCCUGAAGAAUUGGUGACAAAAGAUACAAAGCCUGUGGUAACAAAGGAUGAAUCUGUACAUACCGAAAAUGAAGGAGAUUCUAGUGCUAUCAGUGAAUCUAUAAAUAUAAAUUGUAACAUAUCUCAAGAAUCUAAUGAUAAAAAUGCAUUGGAAUCUGAUAUAUCAGAACAAUUGUCUCUAGACAAUAUUGCUUUUACUAGUACUAAAAAAAAUAUAAUUAAAAGUGCCAGUUUAGAUUUGGAACAAGUGUACUAUGCACCAACAACGGAUAAUAUUGACGAUGAUUCAACAACAAGCAGCGAUGAAAAAGAAGAAGAACAGUAUCAUAAUGAGAUGACAUUAGAAAGCAAUGAUACUAAUCAAACAUCGAGUUCCACUAAUGUGUUCCAUAAAGUACCCAACCCAGUUUCCUCGGAGAGUGAUAAGAAGAGCUGUGAAAGUGUGGAAAUACUUGGUUCGCAAUCUAACACAGAUUGUACAACAACGCCAGAAUCGGAUCUUAAUUCUAUUACUAAUUCCUUAAGUCCUUCCCUCAUUGGCAUCAAGGUGAAUUCCGAAUCAGUUGAAAUAUUACCGGACAGUCUGGUAACGUCGCCGAGUUCCGUGGAAGUUCUAGGAGAUUGGAAGAGCGACAGCAGUCCUUAUUUAUCUCCGAUAGAUCCAAAGAAUUCUGAGUCCUCUCCUGUUUUAGAUGUGGAUGAAUGUGUCACUCCAUGCGUAGACUGCACAGACUUGUUAUUACAGUCGCCGAGUAGAGAUCACUUCGCCGAAGCGUCUUCAUCCGAUAUCUCUCCAUACGAAUCUCCUAUGGAAGAAGUCAAAACAUUGAAUACCAAUUCGUAUUCUUGCAGUGUUGAUAGCACACCGUCACCCAAUGUAUUUUCCCAAUGUAUUAGUUUAGAUACGAAUAAAAACUCGUCACAAAUAACGGCAGACAGCUCGAAAACUUCCCCGGAAAGCGUCGAGGUAAUACCAGACGCGGAGGAGCUGGACGAAGUGAGUUUGGCCGAAGAUUCCUAUACUUCAGCUUCUGAAGGUACAAUCAUGACAGUAUUUGAGCCAUUACAACAGUUAGACGCUGUUAAAAACAAGAUUGAAUUGACCGACAUGAAUGUAAAGAUCUCCACAAGGAUGCACGAUUCGUGUCCGGACGAUAGGCAAACAUUGGCGAAAGCUUGCAUCGAGAACAAAUUGAAUUUGAGUCUUGACUCAUUGAAGGAGAAACACAAUUUGCAUUUAACGCUCGAACCGAUUACCACACAACCAAUCCGCAAAUUGGACCAUCAAUUAGAAGGAGUAAACGAAAAACCAGACGUUUCUACCUUUUCCCAAUUGAUGAGUACCACUAUAGAACCACCAGACCCUGACAAUUAUGCUCAAGUUGAAAACGUAGAGGAUACGAUGAUGAUCGAGAGUAAUGCCGAUCAAUAUUUAGUAUCUACCGAUUCGAGCGGAGAAGGAACCUUGCUCCAGAGCAGUUUGGACGAUAAUGCGACAUUGGUUUGCACGAAUGACAGCCCCAAAGUCUUAGAAACGCCUUUAACCGCUAGUUCUUAUGUGAAAACUAUGCUGGCUGAUGCUAUGGUCGAAAAGGGUGAAAUAAGUGAUAUGGAAACUCAUUGCACGGAAAUACCGCGAGAAAAUUCACCAAUAUCAUCAGAAAGUCGUUCCGAUCUGGUAAAAAUCGGCUCGGAUCAGGCCAGUGGUCAUACAAGCGGAGACGAAUUGGAAACCACAACAUCGAGCGACAUUGAAAUAAUAUCCAGUCCAAACGGUGAUUCAAGUUCGACUCAAUCGCGACAGAGUCCCGCAAAGUUGCAAUUGGCUAAAGGCAGUGAUUUGCUAACGAAAACUUUAAAGACCAGAGGUCAUUCACGGGAAUUAAGCGAGAUCAGCAUAGGAUCGGAUGAAGUGAAUAUGGAGAUCGAAAAGUUAUUGAAACGUGUGCAGGAGAUGACUGAGAUUUUGGAAGCGAGAGAAUCAAAGUUGAUUGACGUGAGCAGAAUAAACAUGGAACUACAUGAGCGAAAUGCAAAUCUAAUGAAGCAACUCGAAAAUUGCGAGAAACAUGUGGAACAGAAUCAAAACAUAAAUCAAAUCACAGAUGAAUAUACACAGCGUUUAUCAGCAUUGGAGAGAAAAUUUCAACAAGCUAUAAGAGAACGCGAUCAAUUGAGGAAAAAUUUAGAUCAGUUAAAGUUAGAAGCAGCAUCGCGUUUGUCGUCACAGGAAAUGUCUAAUAUAAACGCUGAAAAGGAUGAAAUCAUAAAAGAGCUUCGUGAAGAGGGCGAAAAACUUAGUAAACAACAACUUCAACACUGCAACAUCAUAAAAAAGUUGCGGGUGAAAGAGAAAGAGACCGAUGCAACGAUAAAGAGUCAAAAAGAGCAAAUAGAGGAGCAGAAUACAGAAUUGGAAAGAUUAAAACGAUCGUUACACGCAAAGGAGGAAGUGGAGCGCAGUCAAAUAGAAGCCGUUCAUACACUGACAGCAAAAACGAAGAAGCAAGAGAAAGAGAUAUUAACAUUGCAAGAAAAAUUGGACAAUAUAGUACAUAAAAUGGAAGCCUAUAAGAAAAGCUUGGAUGCUGCAAAAGUAGAGUUGGCAGAAACAAAAGAAACAUUGCUAACUAUGGAGGAGGAAUUGAAAGAAGCCGUGGAUAAUGCGGGAGAAUCGUGUCAACUGUUUGCACAACUGGAAGAUUUAAAAUUGAAAUAUCGUCAAGCUGAGGAAGCUCAUGUCAAGAGGGAAGAGUUUCUUAAACAUGAAAACAGCGAGUUGCUUAAACGAUUAGAAGCUGCAGAAGCUAGGAGUGAAGAGUUGUCUGAAUCUGUCUCAGUAGCAACAAAACCUCUAUUAAGGCAAUUGGAACAACUUCAAGCAAACUUAAUAUAUAAAUCUAAUAGUUUCAUGAAACAGGAGAAGAUUAUGUCGGAGAAAAAUAUUGAAUUACAAUCAAAAGUCGAAAAUUUAAUGGAAAUGGAUCGUCUUUUAAGAGAAGAGAAUAUCAAUUUGAAGUCCAAAGAGUCGCAGUUAGAAUCAAAGCUCAAUUUAAAAGAGAAAGAAAAGGCAAAGUUGCAAGAAGCAUAUGAUAAAUUAAAAGAAGAAAUUGAAAGAUUGUCUGAGCAAAAUAAGCAACAUCAAGACAAAAUAAAAAUUCUCGAGCAGACUCAUUCCGAUUAUGUGCAAGAAUUAAAAAGAGAAAUAAAUGCAUUAGAAAAUAAAUUAGCUGUGGAGAAAGCAGCGACCGAGGCGGAACGAAGAAGAAAUAACGCUUUAUUGGAACAGCAGCAAAAUACUGAUGAGGAAUCACGAUAUAGUCCUACUCUCAGUAUAGGACAAGAAUCCGUUAGUAGCGCGAAUAGUGCCUGGCCGGCUUUUAACGAUUCAGUAUUUGAUAAUAGCUCUGGAAGAUUUCCCCCAAUGCCUUACGAAAGCAUCAGAGCAGGCUCAAGCAGUACGUCGAUCUUUGAAAAUUUACAGGCACAACUGAAACAGAGAGAUGGUGAAAUACAGCAACUUCAGUGGGACUUGUCUCGACGGAACACAGAAAGAGAUGCAUUGAAUUCGGAAUUGGCAACGUUAACUUUAAAGAUCGAAGAUUUGAAUAUAAAAGUCGCGGAAACGCAGGCACUUAACGAAAACCUCAGAGAGACACAAACCAGAUAUGACGCACUGUUGCAAAUGUAUGGCGAAAAAGUUGAAGAGAAUCAGGAAUUGCGAUUGGAUCUACAGGACAUUAAGGAAAUAAGAGUAUUCAACAUGGGUGACCAAGUUCUGAUAACAGGCAGACGUACAAAAGUUGCUAAUCCACAGAGAAAAAGAAUGAUUACACCAGAUGUAAUCUUGCAUACCAGAGAUGUAAUGAUUCCUGUUAUAAAAUCUGUACCCUUUAAGCAGAGCUUUAACAUUCCCUUGUCAGAAAAUAAACAUCAAAUUCUAUUGGCACAAGACUACAGAAAUAAUCCUGCAUUGCUGUUCUCGGAAACACCAUCGCAUACAUUGUAUAAUCCUUUGGAAAACUUACUUGAGGUGAAAAGGCUCAAUUAUUGGAAACUCAGAAAUCAAAGUACAAAAUAUACUAUUCCUGGAAAAACAAACUCUCAAAAUAUCAAGAAAAAAAGUAUUGUGCAAAAUUCAUGCCCCUUGAAGAGAUUGUCCUGCAAGAAAAAAAGUAAUAUGUUACAUUUUCCUAAUACAAUGCAAUUACAACCAUCAAAAAAGGACGAAAAUUUGCACAAGACAAGUUCAAAAUCCAUAAAACUGUCAAGAAAGUGCGAUUUGUCACAAAUCAGAGAAAAUCAAUUAAGAUAUAAAGACAAAUCUGUAGUUUUGCCAAAGAUGGAAACACCAAUUAACAAUAUUAGCAAUAUUAAAAUAAGCAAACCAUCAAUUAUAUCGUUACAAAGUCAAUCCUUCCACGAUUUUACAGGCACUAUUUCCACAGUAUCAUUAUUAUCAGUGCCUAGUUUCAAACUUGAAAACAAGAAAACAUUUGCAAAUAUUGAAAAUAGGAAGUUGGUAUCUAGAUUGGUAUCGAAUUAUUUGCAACCUAAUAACAGUGAAUAUGAAAUAAAUGUGUUACAUUAUGAGAAUGAUAAUUCGUUAGAAAAUAACUUGUCACAUUUUUCACAAUCUCAUUUAAAAUCCAAUAUAAAUUGUUCUUCCACUGACAACAUCGGUUCAAUCAAGAUGCAGGAUAUUAUUGAAAUUCCUGCUAAUAAAAAAAGGAAUAGAAUCAUAGAAUAUGCAACAGAAAAUCAUCACAAAUGUCCAUAUGAUCCAUAUGAAAUCAUACGUAACAUUAAAUAUUCAUGGGAAACAGAUAGUUGGAUGCCAUCCUCUCAGAGAAAAGAAUAUAAUAAUGAACGUGAAAUAAAAAAUAUGGAAUGGUAUGGCAGAAAGCCUUACGAUUGUAAAAUAAAAUAUUCCUGGCAAGCUAUUGGGACAAGCACACAAACAUCAUACAGCUUGUUACAAGAUUUGCUGAAUGAUACUGAUACAAAAAGCAAUAUGUCUGCAUACAAAAUAUGCAACAUAAAAUAUUCUUGGCAAAUUAUAGGAACUAGUACACAAGCAUCUUUGUGUGCUAUCAAUUAUAAUGAUCAAGAUUAUUGGAAUGGCAUGUUGCUGACACCAACUAAAAAUUAUAACGAGAACAAUAUUCAAAUUGACAAUAAUAAAACAGGUUGCACUAAAUUGCAAGAUCAUUCAGCAAAGUAUUUAGAAAAAAGAUUGAAAAGAUAUUUAAUAUUAAACAAUCAGCAAACUCAAACUUUUGCCGAGAAAGAAGUCCAAGCUGAUACUAAUGAUUACUAUAUGGAACAAAUUUUAGAAGCACUGACCAAUCAAAGCAUAUCAGAUAAGUCGGAAAUAGAACAAGUUGACAAUCGUGAUGAAUUAUUAGACAAAUAUAUGAUAAAACCGUUAAUACCAAAUCCUAGCAAGAAUUCUGUGAUAUCUAAUAACGGCAAUGAAAAGACGAAAAAGGAAGAACUUUUGAUGAGAUUAACAUACACAUUGAAAAAGUUAAAUCAAUAUGAACAAAACGAUAAGAAUUAUGAUACAAAUGUAGCACAGCUUGAAGCAGAAGGUAUUUUUACACAAAAAGAAGUACUGUCACAAAAUGUAGAAGAGGAUAUCAAAGGCAUUAUACAAUCUGUGCAAGAAUACAUAACAAAAUUGGAUUAUCAAUUAAAGGAUCUUGACAAUGCUGAUCAACAGAUAGAAAAUAGUAUGAUGAAAACGUUAAAAGAUAUAGACGGAACAUUUCAAUCUUUACUAGAUGAUGUGUGCUAUGAAAUCAAUAAGAGACGCGAAGAAUUGAUAUUGGAAGCAGAGAUUCACAAGCAUGAAAGUCUAAUACCGCUGAGAGCUUGUAGAAGGGAGGUGGAGGCACAGAUACAAAAUGCGCAAAACAUUAUAUCUAUGAGCGAAAAUAUACAGCAUCCACAUCGAUAUAGCACAAACAGAUUUGAAAAGAUAAUUGCUGCUAGUAAUGAUAUAGGCAGGAUACCGGCAGUACCGUACUCCGAGGAGCUUCCAAAUAUAAAUUUCGAUCGUCCAUUAAACUCCUAUAAAGAAGAGAUCAUUGAACAAAUAUCGAAGCUCGGUUGCAUUUCUCGUACGGUACCUGUUCAGAUAACGAACAUCGAGGAGAGACCGGCGGGUUUAUUCGUCAAAUGGCACAUAACUAAUCCCGAAUACACUACCGAGGAACAAACAUUUAUCGUAGAGAAGGUGAACGGGGAAAUUCUCAAUCCAACAUCGUGCGAGUUUGAGACGGUGUAUAAAGGAUCUGAGACUUUUUGCUUUGUCAGAAAUAUACCUGUUAAUCAGCCAGUCACACUUAGAGUCAGAAUACAAGCAGACAAUGUAGCAAGAAGUGUACAUCAUAUUGCAAGGACUUCUAUACCACCAUAUAGCUGGGAACUUGAUAAUAAACAUUAUAUGAUCACUAAUAAUGGUAAAACGGCUGCAAAACUCACAGACACUAUAAGCACAUUGUUCUCACAUGGUCCUCAGUUUGAUGCGAAUCACAUAAUCGAGUUCAAGUUCUUAGAAGUUUCGCCCGAAGGAGAUAAUGACGAAGGUAUCGCAUUGGUUUACAAUCCACGAGACAGUCACGACACUUUAAAAAGAACAGCAUCAUUGAUGAUCACAUCUUGUGGAAAGAUCUUCAUGGAUGGUAACGAGAAAUUGAUGCGCCUGCCAAGAAUGUGUUUUGGUACGAACAUUAUGAUCUCAGCUUUUCGAAAAAAUGCUCACAUAUUGCGAGUGAAUAUCGAAUCUGAAAAUAAAUGUGUCACAUAUGAUUGGCGUGUGCAAACGCCGCUGUUCUUUGCCGCCCGUUUUACCGAGUACAAAAAAUGGAGUUUAAUGGUUAAAUGAGAUACAAGAGUUAUUUUUAUUACACAAGACGCAAUGUAAUUCUGUAAAUAAACGGAAAGUGCCUUACGCACAGGAAACAUUCAACC